ACACGGGAAGUGAGACGGAUGGGAAGAGACAACGAUAAAACCUCUAACCGACGGCUGGGAAAACAGAUAAACAUGUCUACACGCUGCGAAUUUAAAAAUACAGUCAUGGGUAUUUCUUAGUAAUAUUUAUCGGGGAUAUUUUCACACCUUCCGAAGCAACACAAGGAUCGCGCGAGAUAGAGACAAUGUCAGAAGAGGUCCAACAUAGAGUGGAUGAGGACUUUGAGUCUGAGGAGGGAGAUCUUGAGUCCUGUCUAGAGGAAGAGAGUAGCAGUGAGCUUCUGGAGCGAGUGAAAGAACUUCAAGCCGAGAAUUCUGCCCUUUCCCUGGCAAAUGAAAGUCAGAGAGAAGCAUAUGAACGAUGCUUGGAUGAGGUGGCCAACCAUGUUGUCCAAGCUUUACUCAAUCAAAAGGAUCUCAGAGAGGAAUGCAUUAAGCUAAAAAUGCGUGUGUUUGAUCUGGAGAGGCAGAACCGAACACUGUGUGAACUCCUGCAGGAGAAAUUACACAGUCAAUCAUGUGUACAUCAGCAGCCAGGACCCUGUAUGGAACACAUCGGCGAGCUGCAGCACAGUGAAUCUACCAAACUGGUUGAGACUCAGAGGAUUCCGCAGGCCAAGGAAAACAGUGAAUGUGCACAAAAUUGCAUACCUGACACCCAGGGCUCAUCCACCUCAAUGGAGGCCAUGUCCCCAUUCUUGAAAAAGAAAGCACACAUAUUGGAGGUCCUCCGCAAGCUUGAAGAAACAGAUCCGCUUCGGUACCAUCGUUCCUCAGGCAUUCCCUCAAUCUGUGAUUACAGCCAGGCUCUUGCCUCCAAGGAGGCUGUAUUAGCCUGCAGAGACAAUUCAUCCAGGUGCAAUGCACCCAAAGCACAUUGUUCGCAUUCCUGUCCAGAUGUUUGCACACAUCAGCAUUUGAAUGGAGGAGAGCACAGCAAUGUAAAGUGUGGUAGUUGUAGCACAUGCCUGAUGCUGUCCAAUAAAGAUUCUGUCUGCUUAGCCAAGAGUAGCCACAAUUGUUGCACUUCAAACCCCAUUACUAUUAAUAACCUCAAUUUGGCUCGGCCCGAUUUCCAGGAGAAUACGGACUUGCAGAGCCUUGUGAAGCCUGCCACAGGUACAAGUGAACUGUUUGUUAAUAGAACAUCUGCUGAUGUGUCCAUUCUUUCAACAGACCAUCCUAAUGAUCCAGACUCAUUAGAAGCCCGAGAGUCAUACUCCAGAUUAUUAGUCUUGGAAAGAGAUCAGUCCAGAGGAGUUCCCGAUCAUAUGUCCAUAGAAACAAGAGACAAGAAUAGGUUGUCAGACAUUCUGCUUGAGUCCCAGUCAAACGGGUCAAGUGGCAGCACCUGCAAUGAGACGAUUUGUGAUGAUAGCACAAUUGAUGUUACCCUGCUGGACUCUGACUUAAAGCACUUAAAUGCUGUGGUGCCACAGAGACUUGAGAAAGUAAGUGGUAGUGAAGAGUUUGCAAAUAAAGAAGACACUGACUGUGUCUGUGGUGCCAACACAGCUGCCUCAAAGCUGCCAACUCUUGGACUCAAAGACAAUGCACACUGUGAGAUGGAAAGCAAUGAACCAGUUCACAAAGGUCUAUUAUUUUCACCCAAUGAGAACCAUACUGCCUCAAAAGUAUUGGAUGACAUUUCCAUCCCUGUGAAAGACAGCACCCCACCUGAUCCUCAGUCCAACAGAUCGAAACUUGCAGUGAGCCCCAAUCAAGUUUCCUGCCUUAGAGAGGUCAAAGCCUCUCCCUCCAAACUUCUCAAAUUCCUGAAGAUACCCACUCUUGGAGAACGUACCGAAGUACCAAAUACACCCCGUCUCAGUCCACAAUUGACACGUAGUUCAAAGAUUCCUUGCCGGAGCAACAACUAUGAGGUGCACCAGUCACCUGUUGCCACACGAAAAGCCACCACAACCGAGAGGCAAAGACAGUUGCCAGCCUCUAAAUCCGAAUCACACUCUGCUCCAACUUCUCCACCCCAGCCUGAUGAUGUCCCCACACCACUGACAAAGGAGCUUAGCUGUGGAAUUCCUAAAACAAGUCGUGUAGCCAAACCUACACAAAUUUCUCAUGUUCAGAAGACACCUCAGAAGAUACCACACUAUGAAAAUGUCUCAGAUCUCUCCAAGACAUAUGGCACUGAUGUAUCCCAGUUGCUUGGGGAAGUGAGCUCAUCUCUUCGCAGUGCCAGUCCUAGUAGAGAAGGUGUGAAAGGAAAGCAGCUAGCAUUUGGUAUUGAGCGGCCAACCAGUCUGAGGCAGAACGAAAUCUCACCAGAAUCUGAUUCUUCAGACCAGGAGGACAGCUCGGAGAGCCCGGUUUGGCAUAAACAAGUCAAUCAUCGCAGUCUGCCUAGUCAGUCAUCAUCCCAGAAGGUUCAGAGUGGGAUCGGCACAAGGUCCAGAAGCCAAGAGAAGAAUGAGUUCAUAGUUAAUGAUCCACAUACCAUAGAGUCACCUUUCAAAAGGGAUGAUCCACCACCUGUUCCUAGAAAACCAGGGAUUGGAAGACAUUCAGGUGAAUCAAACCAUUCAUUUAAAGAGCGUCUGGCUGCACUUGGCAAGCUAAGGAACCCAGAGGAAUUGACUGCUUGUCCUCAGAUUGCAGAAAAGAAAGAAAUUCAGUCUGCUGCUAUUAUACCAACACGGACCAAUGAUAAAAUCAAAACGGCUGAAAGAAAUUUUGAUUGUAGGUCAGGAGAAUAUAGACUUCCAAAAAAUGCAGAAUCCACUGAUGAUAAACCCUACCAUUCAGGUCAUCUUGAUGGUUCCAUCUCCAAACAGCAAGGAUCCUUUCAGCAUGCCGACCAAGCAGUCAGGUCACUUCCCUCUAGUUCGUUAGUCUCGAAACUUGAACAUGAACCUUCUAGAAUGUUUUUAGCAAAGCAGGAGAGCCCAAAAUCAAAGAUGCAUCCACCAUCUGCUAACUUAGAAGCUGCACAAGCUUUACGCAGCUAUGCUAAAGGUACAACACCCCACAGCCUUUCAUAUAAUGGAAAACAUUUUGCUGGCCCCCACAGUAGUAGUCCUAACAAAAUCCCACUCAAAUCGCCAAUGAAAACUGUGCCGCCAUCUAUGAAACGAGAUGGGAAACCUACUCAGGAGUUUCAGAGGUACAUGUCAAAAUCUGAGGACAGGAGCCAUCUCAGGGCCAAUAAGAAGAAGACUUCUUAUGGAGAGAGCCUUCCUCCUCCACCACCAAGGCCGGUAGAAUCUGUAGAAGAAAAGAGGCACUCUGCUCCCAGCCCUCAGUCCUCUAUUGAGCAGAAGGUCAUGAAGGGCAUUAAAGAGAAUAUGCUAAAACUGCAAGAGCAAGAUAAAGGGCAAAUGGUUGAGGUCAAGCAGAAGGCUUCCAAUGGUAUUGCCAACUGGUUUGGCCUAAGAAAAAGCAAGCUACCAGCCCUGAGCCGAAAAACAGAAGCACUGAAAGGGAAAGAUGACAAGAGAGAAUGGAAACUUAAUAUAUCUUCAGUUGGCAAGGACUUCAAGGGUGCUGCUAAGAAAAUGGAGAGUGAGAGCUUGAACAUAUCUAUGCUAAUUGAGAAGGCUGAGGGCUUACAUAAAGCUCUUGAAGAAGAACGGGCCUAUGUGAAUGGAGUGGCUUUGGAUCGCCAGGGAAAAGGACAUUCCUGUGAGGUGGUGAUGGAUCAAGCCCAAGGGCAGUUGUCUGUAAUGUACAGAGGAUUGCCAUCUGACAACUUCAUGCAGCAACUGCUAAACCGUGUUGAUGGGAAGGACACAGGGAUCACUAUGGCACAUCGACGCUUCUCAUUUGACUGUAAAUCCAGACCUGUAUUUAGUCAUCAGAGCACAGGCAUUCCCAGUCAGACAAGAAGCAGUGAUGACAUGGAAAAGGUUUCUACUUUAUUAAGUAAAGAUGUUACAUCAGAUGAAAACCUGGCUGAGACAAUUCGCCAUGAACACUUUGCAGACAGGCGCUUGACCACGCCCUCACCUCCACAUACCCCCACCACCCGACUCAGGCCGGGGGAACCGUCCGGACUGCCCACUCCCCCCCCCUUUUCUGGAGAGGAAGUCCGCGACAGCCAUCUGUGCCCCCAGUCUGUGGACCACCUCGAACUUAAAUGGCUGGAGUGCCAGAUACCAACGGGCUCAGGAAUCUCUACACACACCCUUGACAGUGGCAUCGGCACUUUUCCUCUUCCUGACUACAGUGCAAAUGCUGGUUGCAAAAGCAUUUCCAAAGGAAAGGCCCAAGGGGAGAGUGACACUUCUCUUCUCCAGGGAAAAAAUGGCUUAGGGAUGAAGAUUUCCCACAAGGUCUGGACUUUGGAGAGAGAGCUGUCAUCUUUAGAAGAAGACUAUAUGGGGAGUCAGGAUAUGGACCAACACUCCAGCACUAUGGAAACCAAGAUUCCAUCCAGCCAGAUUGCAAACAUUGUUCAUGAUGGCACUGAAAUCUGUGGAGCACCUAUGAAAUUAGGCCCCACAAAGAACUGGACUUUCCCUAACCUCAAAGCAUCUGCAGAGCCAUCUGAGGUUCUUGUCGUUGGAGAUGGAGUGGAGCCAGUCAGUCAUAAGAGUUCGUUUAAGAGGCGCAACAAGACUAGCGAUUCCAUGGUCAGCCGUGAAGGCGACCCAAGAAGUCUUCCUCAACCUGGUCAGGCACGUCGAGGCAAAAGCCGUAUUCCUGCUAACCCAGAGAUGGUGAGAGACACUGGUCUAGAGUUGGUGAGAGAAAGACCUGACGAUAGUCUGUCUCCAAGCCAUCCCCAAGUCCUUGAGACCCCCGAAUCCCUGAGCGAUUCUCUCUAUGACAGCCUCUCCUCCUGUGGUAGCCAAGGUUGACAUGGUUUUAGAAGUUAGGACUGAAUGAUAACCAGGUACCAACCUUUUAUUGUAACCCCGAUUCUCAUGAUACUUCUUAUGCUUCAGACAUUUUAGGAGGAGGAUGCUUAUGGGAUAACCCAUUUUUUUGACCCGAAAUAAAACUCACACAAAAUGUUACUCCUGUUCACAAGAUACCCAUGUUUGUAUCUCAGUUACCUGAUGGAUGGAAGAAGGACUUUUACAGUGUGUUUGUUCUGAUGUCAUUUUUAAACCAUUAUAACAACUCUGUCACCUCAUUCGUGUUCUGUGUUUCUAGUAGCCAAGUAGUGAUGUUGAUAUCAUAUUAUUGUUAAAGGAAUAGUUCAUCCAAAAAUGAAAAUUUGUUAAUCAUUACCUUACCUUCAUGUUCUGAACUUGUAUGACUUUUCUUUUAGCCUCAGUCACCAUUCACUUUUAUUUUAUCGAAAAAAUUGCAAUUAAAGUGAAUGGUGGCUGAGAUAACAUAACAUAUUGCCUAAAAUCUCCUUCUGUGUCCCAUGAAAGUAAGUCAUACAGGUUUGGAACAAAGACUACGUUUACAUGGACAUCAGAAAGCAGGUUAUUGCAAAGAAAGCAGUGUUCCGGUUUACAUACAUGGUUUAAGCGGUGUACUCAUUACUUCCGUAUACACGCGGCUCGGUCAGUAAGCAGCUUUCUCCAUAGCAACGUAAUUUUCCCCGUGAUGCUUGUGCAAAUAACAAACAUGGUAUCCGAAAAAGACUUCACUAUUUUAUGCUCUGUAGCUUCACUUUAUUUCCAGAUAUUCCAGAGCUGUUGCUGUGUUUGUUUCCUUAAUUCUCUAUCACGACCUGCAGUGGAAUUACACUUCAAUAGUGGGGUUUCCCUUUACGUAAAACUCCGGGAUUGCCUCGAUGUACGAGCGCAUAUACGCGAACGUGAGGGACAGUCAAUAUUUUACAUUGGUGUGUAUAAAUGGGUAUAUUUUAUUGUGUGUGCUUUCCCUGCUGUACUCCCAGAAAUGUUUUGUUGUCUUGUUGUUGGAUUCCAUCCUAUAACGUUUGUUAUUCGGUCUUUUCCACGCACAUGCGCACUCUUCAAAAACCCAUUAGAUAUGUGUUUACAUGGCCACAUAAGCUGCGUUCUCUGGUAGAAACCUAGGUGUGUUAAACUGCUUUCUCUUAAUCAUUAAACGGCAUAAAGAAAUCGACGUUCUCGUUUAUAUGACGUUUCAGAAUGCCCCUUUCUGCAAAAAUCCUGGAAUAAACCGCUUUCUUAAGUGCAUGUAAGCGUGUUCAAUAAGAGGGUGAGUGAUGACAGAUUUUAUUUUUUAUUUUUGGGUUUAAAUUAACUUUAAAGGUGAAAGCUCUGAGUCCAUUGCAACAGUCUUCCAGUUUUUAAUCUCACAGAAUGUUCUGCUAUUCUCAUGCAACAUCAGUGCACAUUCUUUGGUCAAAUUUGUGUAAAGUUAUUGGAAAGUGAAUGUUAAUAUAUGUGAUUUUCAAUUAAUUUAAUAUGCUUAUUUCAUGAAAAUAAAAAAAUGCCUUUGUAUAAAACUUCAUGCAUAGAGAUUUGUUUGAUUCAUUGUGUUUAAAAAAAAAAACUUGUAGCAGCAACAUAAAUGCUAUCCAUGCAAGACUGAGCUACAGUGUUCCACAGUUUAUUUAUUUGAUUUCUUUGAAUAGUGUGGUAAGACAAGACCACGUUUUAUUGGUUACUACUUUUAAGUUCUUUUAAAACAUGUACCGUGCCUGACUUUAUAUGUUUGUCUCUCUUGGUGUCUAUAUUUUAGUUUGUUACUCAAAUUUGGCCAUGGCUUAUUUGUUAUGUUUAUGCAAGGAUUUUUUAAAAACUUUUGACUCAUGAAUUCAUGACCUAAUUUUGAACUGUGCUAUUGGAUCACCCUGCUUACAAUCACUGACAUUUUUAUACAAAAUUAAAAUUUCACAGGACUUUCCUAAGUUUGACCACAGCCAAGUAGUAGAAAACAAAAAUGUGCAAAUAAUCAUCAAACCAUUCCUUGUGAAUUUUGAAUACUAGGCUGAUAAGUCAUUUACUAUUUUUGUUGAUGUAAUUAUUCUGUCUCUGCCUUACACAUCUUUUCACAAGCUGUUAGAAAUGAUCCUACUCUGGGCCAAGUUUCAAGAGAUUUUCGUUGGGAAAUGCUCGUUUUUCCACAAACCCAUAUUUUUUCAACCUAAAACAUUUUGGUGCAAUGCAAGUCAAGGUGUAGCAAUGCAUGUUUUUGACAAUGCUAAUCCUGCAAAAGGGAUUAUAGGCAAAAAAUUUAUAAUAACAAAUGCCUUGCAUUUUCAAGUGGUUGCACAAAAAGCCAUAGGUUAGUAUAUAAGCCCAAAUCCUUUCUAAUAUGUGCUGACCUCUUUUUAAUAAAUCAACCAUAGCAAAAGACCAAUCAGAAACAUUCCCAAACAUGUGUACUGUCCUCCAGCAGUCUCUCCAGGCCCAUAUAUAAUGUACCAUUUUUGUAGAGAGGAAUAAACUUUGUAGUCCUGCUCCAUCUUUUAAGCACGACACUGUUUUGUCACAAAACCCUCUAAUGAUUUUUUUUAAAGUAGUUUGUUACUAUGUUAGAUCCAUAAUUUGCCUGCCAUUUGAACUAUUGUUAUUUACGCGUUGUUGUAAUUGUCAGGAAUAUUUUAUUAGUUUGGUAUGUUUACAAAAGAAAUAACGAUGUUGUUAAUAUAUCUGUAAAAGGUUUAUAUACUGUAAGGUGCUGAUUUUCUUUGUUUUCACUCUGUCCUGCAAAAGCCAUAAAUGUGUUCUCAUAAUCUCCUUUUUAAGCAAUCGCCAUCACUCAUGCAGCUCAAUAAAACCUUUUAAGUAUU